GCGCGGGCCUCCUUGCCGCCGAGGCCAGGAGACAAAAGGGAAACUGCCUCUGUUCGCCGUGCGGGCUGGGAGCAGCCUGCUCGUCAACCUCCUGCCCGGCUCCGCGAGUCUCCUCCCCCCUCCCUCGGCUGCUGCUCCGCCUCCCUCCCCGCGGGCUGUCCCCGCAGUGCUCCGGGACCCGGCGAGCCUUCGGGGCGCGCGUCGCUGCUGGUGGCUGGGGCUGUAGCGAUAAUAAAUGAUAGAGGAUACAAUGACUUUGCUGUCUCUGCUGGGUCGCAUCAUGCGCUACUUCUUGCUGAGACCCGAGACGCUCUUCCUGCUCUGCAUCAGCUUGGCACUGUGGAGUUACUUCUUCCACACUGACGAGGUGAAGACCAUCGUCAAGUCCAGCCGGGACGCCGUGAAGAUGGUGAAGGGCAAGGUGGCCGAGAUCAUGCAGAACGAUCGGCUUGGGGGGCUUGACGUCCUGGAGGCCGAGUUUUCCAAGACCUGGGAGUUUAAGAGCCACAACGUGGCUGUGUAUUCCAUCCAGGGCCGGAGAGACCACAUGGAGGACCGAUUUGAAGUUCUUACGGACCUAGCCAACAAGACUCACCCGUCCAUCUUCGGGAUCUUUGACGGACACGGGGGCGAGACUGCCGCUGAAUAUGUAAAAUCGAGACUCCCAGAGGCCCUUAAACAACAUCUUCAGGACUACGAGAAGGACAAAGAAAAUAGUGUUCUGUCUUACCAGACCAUCCUUGAACAGCAGAUUCUGUCAAUUGACCGAGAAAUGCUAGAAAAAUUGACUGUAUCCUAUGAUGAAGCAGGUACAACGUGUCUGAUCGCUCUCCUAUCAGAUAAGGACCUCACGGUGGCCAAUGUGGGUGACUCAAGAGGGGUCCUGUGUGACAAGGAUGGAAAUGCCAUUCCUCUGUCUCAUGAUCACAAGCCUUACCAACUGAAGGAGAGAAAGAGGAUAAAGAGAGCUGGUGGUUUUAUCAGUUUCAAUGGCUCCUGGAGGGUCCAGGGAAUCCUGGCCAUGUCCCGGUCUCUGGGGGAUUAUCCGCUGAAAAAUCUCAAUGUGGUCAUCCCAGACCCAGAUAUCCUGACCUUUGACCUGGACAAGCUCCAGCCCGAGUUCAUGAUCUUGGCAUCAGAUGGCCUCUGGGAUGCUUUCAGCAACGAAGAAGCCGUUCGAUUCAUCAAGGAGCGCUUGGAUGAACCUCACUUUGGGGCUAAGAGCAUAGUUUUACAGUCAUUUUACAGAGGCUGCCCUGACAAUAUAACGGUCAUGGUGGUGAAGUUCAGGAAUAGCAGCAAAACAGAAGAGCAGUGAACCCUUCCGGGUCUCAGCUGCCUUCGACUAAAGGACUCCAAACACACUGGUCUCUUUUAAUGUAGUGAAAGGCGUGGGAGUUUCAAUUAGGAUCAGCCACCUAGACGGGGAUUCCCCUCCCUGAUGGUCAUAGGUCUAUAUCCAGUAAUGAACACAGGGUGCUCUUGGCACAUAGCUGAGAGGCUGGAAAAUGGUUUCUUCAUGUGUUCCCAGUUCUUUCCUCCGAUGUUCCACAUGUAUAAAUAUAUAGCUGUAGAUUCACACAUAUGACGUGAACGGCGUAUGUGCCAUAUAGUCUCCCCUUUGGGGUUCUUUUCAAGACCUCUUCCAGGAUUCUCCAGCCACCAGACUCUUUCCUCUCUUUGGAGCGGUGCAUGGGGCAGACCUCCAGAGCUGCGGGAGACAGGCUGCUGCGGCCGCUGUGUGUCUGGGCAGACGGGUCGAUGCCCGCUGCUGAGAGGCAGAGCCAUCCCGAGGAGGCUUUGUCCUCCUGAGCCCAGCUUUUCUGCUCAGCGGCUGCCCAGACACAGAUUUGAAAUGGUUUAUUAUUCCGUGGCUGCUUUUGGAGACAGAGGGAAGUGGGGAGGGUGAGAACCGCCUGUACAGCAGACAUAACCUUUUCCCCUGGCUUCCUUUCUUACUGAAAUAGACCCUGGGUACAACCUGACCCGUCUUUGUGUGUUUAUCCCAAUCGUGCAUGACCUUAGCCUUUUGCUUCUUCUUUACAUUAUGUAAUAGGCAGCUGUGAAACUUCACCACCAGACACCAUGAUUUUUUGUCUUACCAAGAAACCUAUUAGGGGAAAUGAAUAAAGCAAAUCACAACGCCAUAAUUUCUUCAGUCUUUAAGGAUAGAUAGAGGGAAAUAGAGGCCAAAUAAGUCACAGUGCCCCCCUGGGAAAUCUGCUGUUUGCAUCAGGAGAGAAAGCUCCGAUGGUCACCACCCGGAACUAAGCUCCAGCGGCCAUUUUUGGGUGGGUUUUUGCAGCCCACCCCCCCCCAACCCUAGUAACUUCCAAGUGUCUUUUAAGCGGUGUUCUGAUAAGCACAGCCUGGAACUGCGUGUGUGUGUUCCUUGAAGCCAAGUACACAGUUAUCAGCAUGGUCGGGCAUUUGGUGACAAAAUGCUGGCACGUGGUUCUCCUUGAUGGUGGAAAGGCAGCCGCCUGUAACAUUUGGUUGUAGAUCACCGUCCCUACCAGGUAGCUUUCCCCAGGCAAACACAACCCGCUCCACACAGCCCUGCAUUCCGCGGCAACCACGCCGGCAGGGAUUCAAGAUCAAGCUUGUAUUGUUAAGUGGCUUAGAGUUAUUUCAGGGCCAAGCUUGCUGCUCUUCAUGUCCUGUCACCAAAGUCAUCUUUCCAGUGUCAGUAUUUUGUAAAUUAAUUGACAGAGAGUGCCGGGUCAGCCCGUUUGCCUGACUGAGGUGGCUCUAAAAACCAGACAAGAUUUUUGUUGUGUCCCCAUCCCUCUGUGUCUGAAAUGUCAAGCUGUUCGCUUGGUCAUUCUCAAGUGGGCACUUGUCAUUAGAGCUUCUCAAAAGUCCAAUUCACAGGCCACCUGCUGCCCACAGUGCCUCUCCCUCCCCUGCCCUUCUUCAACUGUGGAGCUUUCCUGAAGCAGGUUCCAGGGGAGAACUUGGGAGGGUGAAAGAUUCCCUUGUGGCUGCCAAGGGCUGCAGCCUGUCUCGAUUUCUCCAAGCACUCACCAUCCUUUGACUGCAAUGAGAAUUAAUAAUGGUUUCCCAAGCGAUUUGCUCACUUUUAUAAACUGCAACAUUAGAAUUUCCAUGUUAGAAUUAGAACCCUGGUUAUUUUUUUUUUUUAGCUAUAGAAUGUUCUAGUUCAAAAUAUCUGUCACCAUUUUAGAUUGAAAUAUUUGCCUAAUGAGAGACAGUGAACUCUUGUAUUUGGGGCAGGGGUCAGGAGAGAAAGGUAGGAGACAGGCUGGUUGUGUUCAGUGAUGGGAUGGGCAAGCCAGGUGGCCUGAGCUUGCUUGGAGAUCUAGGACAUUCUGACUCUGGAGAGUUACCAAAGCCCACCAUAUAAAGGAACAAGCAGUUUCAGCAUUUUACGCUACACAGUCCCAUUUCCUUUUUUAUUUCUAACUUAACCCUAAAAUUCAUAUUGACAAGGGACAGAGAUUUUUAAAUUCCAUGAUCAUUGCUACUGUCUAAAAUGAAAACAGACAUGUUUUGGUGAGGACGAACAAGCAAAGCUACAAGAAAUUAGUGUUUUUUCACCUGCACAGGGUCUUCCUCGUGGUGCCGAGGGCAGCAGUGCUCGCCUUCUCCUCCACCUGAGGUUACCGGGUGUCUUCUACAGUUUGCUUUCUAGAAUUAUUCAUUUCUGAAUUUAACCAUUUAGUGUGUGUAUUUCCUACUCCCUUUCAUUCUGCCUCUUUUCCUCCCACUUUGGCUUUAGAUUUUCUUAAAAGACAGACAUUUUAGGCAAAAUAGUAGCUGUUUGAUUAAGAGUUAUAUCUAAAAUCAGAGAGCUUUGCUUCCUUCCCCCAUCCUGGAGCUCUCUCUCUGCCCCUUGUCCAGCUGUUAGGGGUCUGCAGACACCCCCACCUCACCCCACCCUUGGUGCCCUGUGGCUCAUUUUCUAGGGACAAGGGAAAAGUUGAAUCUAGCCUUUAGGCAAAUUGAUUUGAGAAGUUUGCAUGUGAAGCUUCCUUAACCAGCACUGCCAAAGCUUUGGAAUUGUCACAUGAGGCUGCCCAGACUCCCCAGCCCGAGUUCGCAUUGCCAAUAGCCCCAUGGUGCCAAAUUUUGGGACGGUUUUACAGUCUUUUAGAAAUGACGUGGGAAUGAAUGACCACACGCUUAUGAGCCCCCAGCAAGACACCAGAUGCAGAUCUCAGGACCCCUCCAUGCGCCACUGCUGCCCCACUGGCAAUUGGUACUCUUAACAUGGCUUGGGACUUGGGGUCAGGGGGACAAGAUAGGAAAAUUUUUUUUGAAAACUCACUGUAUUUGCAAUUCUCUAAUUAAAGGAGUAGACAAUACUUAUAUUACAAACUCCAGAGCUAGUUCCCAAGGCCUGCAUUAUGUGACCAACUUGCCCAAGGCACUGAGCUCUGAAGUCUAAGGCAGUCUAAUUCUAAUAUAACGUGACUACACAUAUGUACACAUUUCCAGUAACCAGUGGCUAUGUUCUAUUUUUUGCCUUAGAUGGAAGGUACUGGCCUCUUGAAUCUUGUCGAUAUAAUAAGAGAAUUACAGAGAGUAUUUUUUAGAGUGAAGGAGCAUAUGCAAUCUGGAUGAUUUAAAACAAGGCUUAUUUUAUACAACUGUAAUGAUUUCAACCCACAUACAUUCUGUGCAAACGGGAUUGCGUGAGGAUGAUGGCAUCAUUUCAAUCCUAUUAGAAGUAAUUCUGGGAAACUGAUUACAUUAUUGAAUUGGAUCAUUGGGAUAUCUGUCAAUAAAUGAAGGAUACACAAGGGA